UCAAACGCAUGUGGUCCCACAGUUCUCGGGUCUUCCGGUUAGGAAAAUGGGUGAGAAUAGAUGUAGCAGAUGUACUGGCGCGAAAUGCAGGUGGUGGGCCCGUGAGAGUGUCACGUGACAGAUGCUUCGCGGACUGGUUUGGGCCUGUAAAGGUCUCCACAGAAACCGACGUAUACUUCAUGGGCCUGAAUCAUCAUGGUCUUGUGGGCAUGCGGCCUGUUUGGCCGAAAUCUGGUCAGGUUCAUCAGAUCGUCGGCGCUCCCCACCUCCGCAUUUCCUCAAACACUUCGCGCGCGCCGCCGCCGCCGCCGCCCUCGCCCUCCGGCCUGCCCCUCCGUUCCCCGCAAGGCACCAAGCCUAUCCCCCUCCAUCGUCGGAGAUGCAGAAGGUGCGGCUCAAAUGGGUGAAGAACCGGGGCCUGGACCACCUGAUCGAGCGCACCACCUCCAUCCGCGCGUCCUGCCUGCUGCUCGACCACCUCGCGCGCCUCCCAGCCGCCUCCCCCGUGCCGGCGCGCUCCCUCGCGCGCCUCCAGAAGCCGCUGGGCCUCACGGUGCCCGUGCUCCGGUUCCUCCGCCGCCACCCCACGCUCUUCGCCGAGCAACCGCACCCGCGGUUCCCCACGCUGCCCUCCUUCUCCCUCACGCCGGCGUCGCACACCCUCCUGGCCCGCCUCGCCGACGCCUCCGCGCAUGACGCGCACCUCCGCCUCGCGCGCCUCCUCCUCCUCACCCGCUCCAGGUCGCUCCCGCUCGCCUCCGUACUCCCGCUCCGCUUCGACCUGGGCCUGCCGUUCAACUUCGCCGCUGCGUUCCCGGCCACCCACCCCGGUGUCUUCGCCGUCGCCAACAACCGCAUCUCCCUGCUGUCCGCCUCUGGCCUCCCCGAGGACAUCGCCGUCUCCUCCCUCCAGCGCCGCCACGCCGCGGCCAUCGACACAGCGACCUACCGCGCUCUGUCCCGGCCGCCGUCCUCGUCGAGCGCCCCCCUCGCGUUCCCAAUGCGAUUCCCGCGGGGGUACGGCUCGAUGAAGAAGGUCAAGGCCUGGAUGGAUGAGUUCCACCGCCUUCCCUACAUCUCGCCGUACGACGACGCGUCAGGGAUAGACCCUGAGAGUGACAUCUUCGAGAAGAGGAACAUCGGCUUGCUACAUGAGCUGCUUGGCCUAACGGUGCACAAGAUGGUGCGGAGGAAUGCCAUCCGGCUGCUCCGGGAGGAGCUGGGCCUGCCUCACAAGUUCACUAGGCUCUUCACGCGGUACCCUGGGGUGUUCUAUCUGUCAUUGAAGUGCAAGACAACGACUGUGGUGCUUCGAGAGGGAUAUGAGAGAGGGAAGCUCGUGGAACAGCAUCCCUUGGCGGCGGUGCGGGACAAGGUGCAUUAUGUGAUGCGCACUGGAGUGCUAUACCGGGGGAAGGGUUUGUCCAAGCUUGUUCUUGAUGAGGAUGUUGCUGAGGAAGAUGGUUCACUGGAUGGAGAGGAGUUUCAAGGGGAGGGAAUGGAUGAGGAUGCUGAUGUCGAGUGCUUCGGGAUGGAGAUUGUGGAUGAUGACGGGCCUGCUGUUGAUGAGGAUGAUGAAGGUGAUAGUGAUGGCUGACAUAGGCUGAUGAUUCUUGCCUUCUGAAUUUCUGUUUUGAGAUUGUGGCUUCAGUUAUGAAUUCCAGUGACUGGGUUUGAUUCAACUUAGUGGCUCCAAAUGAGAGGUUCUGCAAAGCUAUUGUAGACUACUGUGAGUAUCAUGCUCUGUCAAAGUUUUGAUGUGUACUACAUUUAGCUGCUUAAGAAGUAGCAAGCUAAUUCAAUAUCUAGUUUCUUUGCUCGGUUCUUGGUUGAAGCAGUAGAGCAUUGCCAUUGCUUAUGGUUCUGUGUAUAGCGAUAAUUACUAGCAAUUCCACAGUACUGAAGGUAGUGAUGCCAAUUCUUUUUAUCAUUUUGUGUCAUUGUAUGAAAGUUGAGAUAUGCGCAAAAUCAAAUGGGAGUUACCUCAGCCUUUCUGAUUA